UCUCUCUACAAGUACACAAAAAAAGUAUAAAAAUUUGGAUCAAGCGAUUUUUGGCGCUACUGAAAAUAUUUAAAGCAAUCCAUUUUCCAAAUGGAAGAUUUCCAGAAGAUUGAAAAAAUUGGUGAGGGAACAUAUGGAGUUGUUUACAAAGGACGCAACAGACUUACUGGCCAGAUUGUGGCUAUGAAAAAAAUUCGCCUGGAAUCGGAUGAUGAGGGUAUACCUUCUACAGCCAUAAGAGAAAUUUCUCUUUUAAAAGAAUUGAAGCAUCCGAACAUUGUGUCCCUGGUAGAUGUGCUCAUGGAAGAAAGCCGAUUGUAUUUAAUAUUUGAAUUUUUGUCUAUGGAUUUGAAAAAAUACAUGGACUCCUUGCCCCCGGAAAAGCCCUUGGACAGUGAACUUGUGAGAAGUUAUCUCUACCAAAUAACCAAUGCGAUAUUAUUUUGCCAUAAAAGACGAGUUUUACAUCGCGAUUUGAAGCCACAAAAUUUGCUAAUUGACAAAAACGGCAUCAUUAAAGUGGCAGAUUUUGGUCUUGGACGUUCGUUUGGCAUUCCUGUUCGUAUUUACACCCACGAAAUUGUAACACUGUGGUACAGGGCACCAGAAGUUUUGCUGGGAUCACCAAGAUACUCGUGCCCCGUAGACAUUUGGUCAAUUGGUUGUAUAUUUGCUGAGAUGGCAACCAGGAAGCCAUUGUUCCAAGGAGAUUCAGAAAUUGAUCAGCUAUUCAGAAUGUUCAGAAUUCUUAAAACACCAACGGAAGAAAUUUGGCCCGGCGUAACAUCACUUCCUGAUUAUAAAAAUACAUUCCCUUGCUGGUCAACAAAUCAACUGCCAAAUCAAUUGAAGAACUUAAAUAGCGAUGGUAUUGAUUUGAUACAAAAAAUGCUUAUUUAUGAUCCAGUUCAUCGCAUAUCUGCGAAAGAUGUAUUGGAACACGCAUACUUUGAUGGGUUUGAUACUAAAUUAAUAAAUUGUCAGUGAAUAAUUUUUAUGUAAUAUGCUACUCGUAAAUAUUAAUCUCUAAAUAUACCUACAUACACCCUUUUUAAAUAAAAUA